UCUGAUCGCAUAUCCCAACAGUUCAUGACCAUGACCUAUCUGCACAUGACGAUGCAGACGUGGUAAAUUAGAGCGGGAAAAUUAUCUGACUGUUCAGUAAAACAGCAGAUGAUCAACUUAUACCAAGUUUCCACUGUAUUGGCGUAUAAAGUACGUUCGUCCUUCAUCAUGUCUAUCACAUCAGUCAUAGCAUCAGUUGUAGCAACGCAAGUAUUCGGUGGAGUCUGGUUCACCCUUCUUUCAGAGCCAUGGAUGCGAGGUCUUGGCAAGACACACAAGGAUUUCAAGAACAUGGGACAUACUUCAUUAGUACUGUCAGGGAUUGCCAUGUUUGCUUUAGCAGUCUUCAUGUCCAACACACUGAGAUCCUUCUUUGGAGUGCAAACUGUGGAGGAGGCUAUCCACUUUGCCCUACGUGUUUCUGUGGCUGGUGCCCUUCUGCAGAUCCCUCAUAAUACAUAUGAGGGUAAAGGCUGGUCCACAUAUCUUGUCAACAUAGGAUAUGACACCAUAUGUCUCCUCAUCACCUGUGUCUUAACUGUGGUUAUGUAGAUGUACACUCUUAUUACAACUCCGGGGUCAGCAUAGACUUGUGGACAAGUCGUUAUGCCGAGUUGUGGCCGUGUCGUAAUCGGAUUCAAGUUUCCGUGAUCGACUACUGCUCUCGCGAGAUUACUGCUCUUGCGUGAACUGCUGGUUGCCGACUUCUACAUGGGACUGUAGUCGUGAUCGUGAGAGCAUGCAAUAGUCUCGCGGGGCCAGCAGUCUUGCAAGAAUACCUCGGGAAUCACGGGAAGAUUCUGAAUAGAGUCGUAGCGCUAUCACCGCGACAAACAAUUAAUGAAUUCUCCACAAAAUUGACCUGAAGUCUUGGUCCCAGGAGGGGGUCUGACCCAUUCUGAGUCAGGUUAAUCCAGAAACUCAAUUUCUUAGAUUCAAACUAUGGUUGCAUCUUUUAAAAACAAGUAGUUACUAGAAAUCACACCCAGUUUUUUUUAGGCACAAUAUUAUUUAAAACAACAUAACAGUAAUUUAAUAGUACCUAUUUGCUUUGUGUAGAAAAGCUUCCAACUCAUAAAUAUAGUAAAAGAAUUUGUUUAUAUACAUGAAAUACUUCAAACAUAAUAUUAUCCAUAGCUAGUAUUGUAUUUUUCAAUUAAAAAUGGAAACGUUUAUCUAAAGUUUGCAAACACUUAGUUGACAAGUAAGUCUUAUACUGGGAAUCACAUACUUCAUGAAUUUAUCCCUACAAGUCUUUAUCAAACAAAUAUCAUGCUUACUCAUUGUAAAAAUAGUACUCCUCUAGUGUUUUUAAACUAUAGCUAAAAAUGUAUCUUUCUGAAAUACUUUUUGUAUAUUUGGUUUGCGGUAACACCAUGUGUACAUCUACUUUGCUAAGUAGAUUUUGUUCUUUGGAAACAGGGUAGAUUUUGGAAUUUGGGAGAAUAAACAAACAAAAAAGCAAGACCUAGUUCCCAAAGAACAAAAUCUACGCAGAUUAUGGUGUUAACUCAAAACA